GACAUAUGAUGGCAGCUGAAGUCGAGCGGAUUCUGAUAGAAAUAUUUCAAAAGAAUAACAUGAUUUAAUUAUGUUGCUAUUAUAGUUUUCUUAUUUGAAAUAAUAUAAAAGAUAACCUAUUAGUUCUAGUUAUGAUGAUUUAGAGGAAUAGAAGAAACAAAAUACAAGACAGUUAAUUUAAACUUUAACCAUAAAGAUGAUCAUUUCAAGAUUAAGAACAAAUCUACACAACAGAAUAACUGUUUUAAGAAUUCGUCAAUGUAUAAGAAGUAUAGCAAAUGAUAGUAAUGACAAUAACAAGUUUGAUGUUAUUGUCGUGGGAGGAGGACAUGCAGGAACCGAAGCCUGCACUGCUGCUGUUAGAAUGGGUGCUAAAACUUUAUUAGUUACGCAUAAAAAAAGUACAAUCGGAGAAAUGUCGUGUAAUCCAUCCUUUGGUGGAAUAGGAAAAGGAAACCUUAUGAGAGAAGUUGACGCUUUAGAUGGAAUUUGCUGUCGCAUAUGUGACAUCUCUGGAAUCCAUUAUAAAAUAUUAAAUAGAAGUAAAGGCCCAGCUGUUUGGGGCCUCAGAGCACAGGUGGAUAGAAGUUUAUACAAACAACAUUUGCAGGCAGAACUUUUUCAAAUGCAUGGUUUAGAUAUAUGUGAAUCAUCUGUCGAAGAUCUCAUAUUAGAAGGAAGUCCACCGGAAUGUCGUGGCAUUAUUCUUCGAGAUGGAACUAGGAUAUUGAGUAAUGCAGUAGUCAUAACAACGGGUACUUUUCUCAAAGGUGAAAUUAUUAUUGGAUUAGAAAAGAGACCUGCUGGAAGAAUGGGGGAUGAACCUAGUAUUGGAUUAGCUAACACAUUGGAUCAACUUGGCUUUAAAAUGAAACGACUUAAGACUGGUACUCCGCCAAGAUUAUUAAAAUCAACAAUAGAUUUUUCUAAAUGCGAGAAAAAUUUCCCGGAUGAAGUUCCCGAACCAUUUUCGUUUAUGAGCGAUGGAGUAUGGCUUCCUCCAGAUAAACAAUUGAUUUGUUAUUUGACAUGUACAAACGACAAGGUAGCUAAAAUUAUAAAAGACAACAUGCAUUGCAAUUUGCAUGUUACUGAAGAGAAAAAAGGUCCACGGUAUUGUCCAAGUAUAGAAAGUAAAAUUCUAAAAUUCGGUAAAACCAGUCAUUAUAUUUGGUUAGAACCAGAAGGAUUGGAUUCGCCAUUAAUAUAUCCAGGUGGUUUGUCAUGUACAUUACCUGCUGAAAAACAACAAGAAUUGGUUAAUUCUAUACGUGGAUUGGAAGAAGCUAAAGUAGAAAAGCCUGGUUAUGGCGUAGAAUAUGAUUACAUUGAUCCAAGAGAAUUAACCGUAGAAUUAGAAACAAAAAAGGUUUCGGGAUUAUUUCUUGCUGGGCAGAUCAAUGGUACAACUGGGUAUGAAGAAGCAGCGGCUCAGGGUUGUGUUGCAGGCAUCAAUGCAGCUGCUAAGGUUUUGAAAAAAAUACCAAUAAUUAUAAGUAGAACAGAAGGCUACAUUGGUGUCCUAAUCGAUGAUCUUACAACACAAGGUACAGACGAACCUUACAGAAUGUUCACUAGUCGUGCUGAGUUUCGAUUGAGUUUACGUCCUGAUAAUGCUGACUUAAGACUGACAGCGAAAGGUUACGAAUCAGGUUGCGUUAGUAACGAAAGAUUUGAUAGAAUGACAAAAAUGAAAACGAAAUUAGAAGAAACUAUACAACAGCUCCGUUCUAUUGUCCAAUCGAAUACCAAAUGGAAAAAAGCAUUGCUUAUGAAAAUGAGUAGAAAUACUCAAAAUAAAUCUGCUUUUGAUAUAUUGGGAAUGCCAGAUCAGAGUAUAGAAUUUACAAAAAUAGCCAAUUUAUGGCCAGAACUAUUUGGAAAUUUAGUAAGAGAUCCUAUCUUCGAACGAAGAUUGAAGAUAGAAGCAACCUAUGCUUCUUUCAUCCAUCAACAAGUCAAAGUAAUCGACGAAGUUAGAAGAAAUGAACAAAUGAUAAUACCCGAUGACAUUGAUUAUAAUUCGGUGAGAUUAAAUUUAUCUACAGAAGAUAAAGAAAAAUUAAUAGCAGUACGACCGCGAACGAUUGCUGCGGCUGACAAAAUUUCAGGGGUAACACCGGUAGCAAUUGUGCGACUUUUACAAUACGUUAAGUAUAAUAGAAUAUAUGAAGAUAAGCAAUAGAAGUAGAGUAUAUGAAAAUAUACAAAUAUCUAUAGUAGGUAACAUAACAUUAAAUAAAUUUUAUUUCUCUAAUAUGAA